AUCCUUUUCACCUGCUCCCGAACCUUCCUUCGACCCUCACAUCGCCCCAUCUGCAUCACAACUACACUUCGCAGAUCCAAUUGCCGCAGGAUUGCUCACUCAAUGGCGCCCGGCGACCCAAUCUCAGAACCUUCCGCCCCAUCAAUUGUGCACGCUCUUGAGGAACAAAUCCCCCUCAGUGGCAUCGAAGCUGCAAAGCAACGUGCUGCAUUCAAGGCUGUCGAUGACCACUUCCACCCCUCUUACAAGUACAUUGGGAUUGGCUCCGGCAGCACCGUUGUAUAUGUUGUUCAAGCAAUUGCAGCCAAAGGCCGAAAGAUCACCGAUGGAAUGAUAUUUGUUCCGACUGGGGAUCAGUCAAAGCAGCUUAUCAUUGAAGCUGGCCUUCCUCUUGGAAGCAUCGAUGCGUUACCCCCAGUUGAAGUAAGCCAAACGAAAAUGGGAGGCGUCGCUGCGCUUAACGUGGGCACCGGCCUCCAGGACUUGGGGUUGAAGGGGAAGCGUCAAAGUCUAGAUGUCGCUUUUGAUGGCGCUGAUGAGAUUGACGACGAACUGAACUGCAUAAAGGGUGGUGGAGCAUGUCUGUUCCAGGAGAAGCUGGUGGCCUCCUCUGCCAAGAAGUUCAUUGUCGUUGCUGAUUCCCGAAAACUUCAAAAGCGUCUCCUCACGAAAUGGCCGACGAUUCCAAUUGAGAUAGCGCCUCUAUCUGCGCCGACCGUCAAGAGAAUACUCAUCACAUUAGGAUCAUCUGAUCCAAAAAUCCGGCAAGGUGGCAGUGCCAAGGCAGGACCAGUUGUUACCGACAACAGCAUGUGGAUCAUUGAUGCUCCCUUUCCCCCGCUUUGCUUGAAGUCGGACCUCAAAGGGCAUGAUAAUGGCGAUGGAGAGCAUGGAACCUGGGAAGUCCAUAAUUUGGGAAGAAGGUUGAAGAGAAUAACAGGAGUGUUGGAAGUCGGACUGUUUCAUGGCAGAAACGGCGUUCAAGUGGCUGCCGCGGGGGAGGAAGGUGGUGGACAGAAGCCAGUCGCAGCCUACUUUGGCAUGGAGAACGGAGAGGUCGAAAUUCGAACGGCAAAAGAAGUUCAUGGCGUGAAAUCAAUCCCCUGAUUUACACUGAGUAAGGAGAAUUUCGCCCGUUUAAAUAUACCACAUGGUUUUAGAAGAAGGAUCGAGGUGAGUGGUGCCGGAA